AUGGAACAGAAGCAAUGUACAGGGAUACUGAAUGGAGCGGUUCCGGGUGAGCCGGUGAAGAAAGAUGAAAACUCCCGCAGGGGGAACUGGGGCAACCAGAUUGAGUUUGUGCUCACGAGCGUGGGAUAUGCUGUGGGCCUGGGUAACGUCUGGAGAUUCCCAUACCUCUGCUAUAGAAAUGGAGGAGGUGCCUUCAUGCUGCCAUAUUUUAUCAUGCUCGUGUUCUGCGGCAUCCCACUUUUCUUCCUUGAACUGUCCUUUGGUCAGUUUGCCAGUUUGGGAUGUCUGGGGGUCUGGAAGAUAAGUCCCAUGUUCAAAGGUGUGGGCUAUGGCAUGAUGGUGGUGUCCACCUACAUUGGCAUUUACUACAAUGUGGUCAUCUGUAUUGCCUUCUACUACUUUUUUAUGUCUAUGACAAACCUUCUACCAUGGACUUACUGCAAUAAUCCUUGGAACACUGCAGACUGCUCUGGAGUUGUAGACUCCGGCUCAUAUGUCAACUCCAGUCUGGCAAAUGCUACUAGCACCCUGCUCACUGCGGUGAACCGCACAAAGAGAACCAGUCCCAGUGAGGAGUAUUGGAAACAUUAUGUUUUGAACAUUUCGGACGACAUUGGGAAUUUUGGUGAAGUGCGUCUUCCAAUCCUGGGAUGCCUGGCUAUCUCGUGGGUGGUCGUAUUUCUCUGUCUCAUCAGGGGCGUAAAGUCAUCCGGAAAGGUCGUCUACUUCACCGCAACCUUUCCCUACGUUGUCCUGACGAUCCUCUUCAUUCGUGGCAUUACUCUGGAAGGAGCCUUCAACGGCAUCAAGUACUACCUGACCCCUCAGUGGCAGAAAGUGUUGGAUGCAAAGGUUUGGGGAGAUGCUGCCUCUCAGAUUUUUUACUCGCUUGGCUGUGCUUGGGGAGGUCUGAUUACCAUGGCGUCCUAUAAUAAGUUCCACAAUAACUGUUUCAGCGCCGUCUCCAUGGAGCCAUCAGCCCAUUGGUAUACACAAUUUGACUGGUCCAAGAGCGGCGAGGCUGCCAUCAAAGUCAUCCAAAACAUCCUUUGUGAUAAGUGUACAGGAAAUACCAACAUAGAAGACAGCAUCAUUAUCAGCAUUACCAACUGUGCUACCAGUGUGUAUGCUGGUUUUGUCAUCUUCUCCAUCCUCGGCUUCAUGGCUCACCAUCUGAACGUCCCCGUGUCCGAAGUGGCCGACCAUGGCCCAGGUCUGGCCUUUGUGGCAUACCCCGAAGCCCUCACCCUGCUGCCCAUCUCCCCUCUGUGGUCACUGCUCUUCUUUUUCAUGCUGAUCCUUCUGGGGCUGGGGACACAGUUCUGUCUUUUGGAAACCCUUGUGACGGCCAUUGUGGAUGAAAUUGGUACAGACUGGAUCAUCAGGAACAAAACCGUGGUCACCCUCUCCAUAGCUAUCCUCGGGUUUUUACUAGGAGUGCCUCUGACCACACGGGCUGGAAUCUACUGGCUGCUGCUGAUGGACAACUAUGCUGCAAGUUUCUCCUUGGUCAUCAUCUCCUGCAUCAUGUGCAUCUGUGUCAUGUACAUUUAUGGUCACAAGAACUACUUUAAAGAUGUUGAGAUGAUGCUUGGCUUCCCUCCUCCCCUGUUCUUCAGGAUCUGCUGGAGAUUCAUUUCCCCCGUCAUCAUUAGUUUCAUCCUGAUAUUCACCGUGAUCCAGUACAAACCUAUCACCUACAACGACUAUGUGUAUCCGGGCUGGUCUCUGGGCAUUGGUUUUUGCAUGGCCCUGUCCUCUGUGAUUUGCAUACCCAUAUAUGCCCUCUACAAAAUCUCCAGAUCCCCAGGAGCCACCUUCAAAGAGCGACUAAGGUAUGCAUGCCGCCCACAUCCAGAGUGGGGCCCCGCGCUUCGGGAGCACCGGAUAGGCCGCUACGCACCCAUGGCUGCUGCCCCCGAAGACGCACCGGAGGCUCACCCUCUGAAGGAGAAGGACGAGCUCAAAGAGGAGCCCAACGAGGUGAAGAAAGAGGAGAUCAGUCUCACCAUUCAGGGAAGCAACGGCUCCACCAACACACACAACAGCCCCAACGCCAGCGCAUAG